UAUUCCAGAGGUGGCGGGUUCAAACCCAGCCCUGGCCAAAAACUGCAAAAAAAAAAAAUAAAAAGGAUUCUUAAAAGGGUCUCGGGGCUCAUAUCACAGUAGUUGCAGCACCAGCCACAUACACUGAAGUUGGUGGGUUCAAACCCGGCCUGGGCCAGUUAAACAACAGCCCAGAGAGACAGAAGCAACGCAGAGAAGGAAGUGACUUGAGAGCACAGCCACCACCAUGAGCCUCCUCAACAAGCCCAAGAGCAAGAUGACCCUAGAGGAGCUACAGAAGCGGGAGGAAGAAGAAUUUAACACUGGUCCACUCUCUAUGCUCACACAAUUAGUCAAGAACAACACUCAAGUGCUUAUUAAUUGCCGCAAUAACAAGAAACUCCUGGGCCGGGUGAAGGCCUUUGAUAGGCACUGCAACAUGGUGCUGGAGAAUGUGAAGGAGAUGUGGACUGAGGUCCCCAAAAGUGGCAAGGGUAAGAAGAAGUCUAAGCCAGUCAACAAAGAUCACUAUAUCUCCAAGAUGUUCCUGUGUGGGGACUCGGUCAUUGUGGUCCUGCGGAACCCACUUAUUGCUGGCAAAUAGGGCCCUCUUCCCCGCAGACAGCUUGCUCCCCCGUCCUGUGAAGGCCUGCUCUUUGUGAUGGGAAUAAUAAAGCCCUGUGGGGUUUUUUUCUAAAAAAAAAAAA